AUGAACGAGAUCUCUUCCCCAACCCUGACCCAGGAAGAGGAGUACGUAUGGGUAGAGGACUUGCGUCUUCCUAUGCCGACAGGAUACGCCGUCCUUGCUAAAGGCUAUGUAACCAAGCUGGGUGAAGACUGCUUUGUGAUGACGGGAGAGGGGGGUUGCGACAUUGUCUUCUACUAUCAAUUUAACAAGCAGUCUGACUUAAGGAUGGAUCAUCUUGUAGAGCAAGUCUACGUUCUUGGGAUCGUAUCUGGGGAGUAUAGCGUGCAAGUGGUGUGUUUGGAGAAACUGAUCUGGCGAAGUCGAGCGAUUGAAGCUGAAGUUGAGGAGGAGCAUUGGUUUCGGGAGUGGUUAGAUAAGUCACGAGGCAUCAAGGACUGGAUCGACGAAUGCAAUCGGUGUGCUGAGCACUGGAUUGACGAAUGCAAUCGGGGUGUCGGGCGUGACUAG